AUGGAUUCUCAAGUCAAGUACCUUCUCUCUUUGCGCGCUGUCCGCGAUCGUUUCAAUGUCAUCGGGAAUGUUGCCAAAGAUGGAAACUUAAGCCACUUCGAGGUCCGAGAGGAUAAAUUGGAUGAAGUCGUCGACUUUGUGGCUUCCGUUAUCAAGCGUGAUUAUGGCCCUGAUAAAUUUGACACUAUUCCUCCUCAUGGACGCUGGCAACAUUUCGAGGUUGGGGGUGUUCCUCGCGUCGCUAACAUCAUGGAGGAGUGGAAGAAAGAGGGGUGUGAUAAAACGGAGGUGACCCGUCGCUUGAUUGACCUCUUUUUCGUCUCUGUCCUCCUUGACGCAGGUGCUGGUGACCACUGGCGAUACACCGAACCAGGAACCGAUCAAAUUUAUGAGCGAAGUGAAGGCAUUGCGGUAGCCAGUCUUCACAUGUUCAAGUCCUUGGCUUUUACUGCUUCGGGGUCUAUCCCAGUUGUCGAUGGAAAGGGACUGGAGAAGCUUCAAACAAGUGCUCUCUCAGACGGUUUCCAGGUUUCUGACAGCAACCCCAUGCUGGGAGUUGAUUCUCGUGCGGGCCUUCUCAGAAGCCUGGGUCAGUCCUUGCUCGCCCAUCCAGAUGUAUUCGGUCCUGAAGGUCGUCCAGGAAACCUCGUUGAUACUCUGAUCAAAUCGGCCGGCGGCUCCUCUCAACUUGAUGUGCUUUUCCUCUGGGACACCCUCCAGUCUCUUCUCAUUCCCUGUUGGCCGAAAGAUCGAACCACCAUCAACGGUACACCUAUAGGUGAUGCAUGGCCUUUGAGCACCCUUAAGAAAGCGUCCGGCAGCUCCGACCCUGCCGAUGGUAUUCAGCCUUUCCAUAAACUCACGCAGUGGCUCACCUAUUCUUUGAUGGUCCCUUUCCAGAGGGUCCUUGGCCUAGAGUGGAUCAAUGCAGACUCUCUGACCGCCUUACCGGAGUAUCGCAAUGGUGGCCUUUUCGUCGAUCUAGGCGUAUUGGUCUUGAAGCCGGAGACACUCGAGCGAGGGCUGAAAGCAUCUGGCGGGGAAUUGCCACUUUUUGACGCGGGAGACGAUGCCAUUGUCGAAUGGAGAGCAAUGACUCUGGUACUGAUCGACAAACUGUACAGCAAAAUUCAAGCCCGCAUGGGCGAAGGAGUUCACCUCAGCAUGGCGCAACUGCUCGAGGCCGGGUCAUGGAAGUCUGGACGUGAGGUUGCAGCUAAGCGUCGACCGCAAACGAAGUCGAGCCCAAUCCUUAUCAAGAGUGAUGGCACUGUUUUCUAA